GAGACAGCGCAGCCUCGGCAGACCAUCGCCUAUCCCGGAGUAGUGGCGGUGCGGAACUGCUGGCAGCAUGGCACCCAAAAAGAAAGGGAAGAAAGGCAAAGACAAGGGCAACCAGAUUGUGGAUGGGCUCGCACCAGAGGACAUGACCAAGGAGCAGGUGGAGGAACAUGUUGCCCGCAUCCGGGAGGAGCUGGAUCGGGAGCGAGAGGAGCGUAACUACUUUCAGCUAGAGCGUGACAAAAUCCACACUUUCUGGGAGAUCACAAGAAGGCAGCUGGAGGAAAAGAAAGCUGAGCUUCGAAACAAAGACCGUGAGAUGGAGGAGGCAGAGGAGAGGCACCAGGUGGAGAUCAAGGUGUACAAGCAGAAAGUAAAGCACCUGUUGUAUGAGCACCAGAACAACCUGGCGGAGGUGAAGACCGAGGGCACUGUCGUCAUGAAGCUGGCCCAGAAGGAGCACCGCACACAGGAGGGCGCACUGCGCAAGGACAUGCGGGCGCUGAAAGUGGAGCUCAAGGAGCAGGAGCUGGCUAAUGAGGUGGUGAUAAAGAACCUGCGUCUGAAACAUGCUGAGGAGAUCACCAAGAUGAGAAAUGACUUUGAAAGGCAAGUUCGAGAAAUUGAGGCCAAGUACGACAAGAAGAUGAAGAUGCUGAGAGAUGAGCUGGACCUGCGGAGAAAGACUGAGAUCCACGAGGUGGAGGAGAGGAAGAAUGGGCAGAUCAGCACGCUAAUGCAGCGCCACGAGGAAGCCUUCACUGACAUCAAGAACUACUACAAUGACAUCACUCUGAACAACCUGGCCCUAAUCAAUUCCCUCAAGGAGCAGAUGGAGGACAUGCGGAAGAAAGAAGAACACCUGGAGAGGGAGAUGGCGGAGGUGUCUAUGCAGAACAGGCGGCUGGCAGACCCUCUGCAGAAAGCGAAGGAUGAGAUGAACGAGAUGCAGAGGAGAAUUGGGAACUAUGAAAGGGACAAGCACAUCCUGAUUUGCACAAAGGCACGUUUAAAGGUUGUUGAGAAAGAGCUGAAAGACCUGCAGUGGGAGCACGAGGUGCUGGAGCAGAGGUUCAUCAAGGUGCAGCAGGAGAGAGACGAGCUCUAUCGUAAGUUCACUGCAGCCAUCCAGGAGGUGCAGCAGAAGGCGGGCUUCAAGAACCUGGUGCUGGAGCGGAAACUGCAGGCACUGAAUGCUGCUGUGGAAAAGAGGGAGGUGCAGUUCAACGAGGUGCUGGCAGCCUCCAACUUGGAUCCCACAGCACUAACACUUGUGUCCCGCAAACUUCAGGAUGUUCUAGAGUCAAAGAAUACCACCAUCAAGGAUUUACAGUAUGAGCUGGCCCGGGUCUGCAAGGCCCACAAUGACCUACUGCGUACAUAUGAGGCAAAGUUACUGGCCUUCGGGAUCCCUCUGGACAAUGUGGGAUUCAAGCCCCUGGAGACAGCAGUGAUUGGACAGACACUGGGACAGGGCCCUGCAGGACUUGUGGGUGCCCCUACAUAGCCACCUUCUGGGAGCUUCCGCCUUUAGAGUUGGCCUGCCUCAUUUUCCAAAAGAUAGCUAUUCUACUCCAAGAACAGACUUCAUCAGCAAUGAAAGUUUUUCCAUAUUUCCUUUGUAUUCUCUGUCUUGGUU